AUGUUUUGUUCAUCAUGCAACCUUUCUAUAACCAAACUCAUUGUUGUUACUACUGCCACCCUUCCCCAAAACUCUGAUUCUUCUUCUUCUUCAUCUUCACCUCAACAAACCAAUCUUCCCCAAAGUAAAAAACCUUCACUAGGCCCUACAAACUCCACUACUUCUUCACCACCAAACAAGCUUCGCCAGCGAGCUCCACGGCCUUCAAUUAUGCAAAUUGAACGUGCCCUCGGCGCCGGAAGCUUCAGAGACGGCGAGCCUGACCUCAAAAAUGAGAAAGAUUUAGAUAUGAAGAAGACUACAAUGGAUUUGUUCUUGGGGCAAGCAUUUGAAGGGAUGGUGCAGAAAAAGCUGAGGGAAACCGGAGAGUGGCUUCAGGAAAAUGCAGAAACCAGAUUUCGCUCCACUAAGACUAGAAAAGGAAUUCUGGUGUUUGCGUUUCAAUGGAUGAUGCCAAUUUGGGUUUUAUCAUUUCUAAUAGCAUCUGGAGCCAUCAAGUUACCAUUUAGCAUCCCUUUUCUUGAUGACCUCCUCAUGUGA